AUGUCACAUGUGAUGUCAAAAAAUGAAACCAGUGUUUUGUCUUCAACAGGCGUCAUGCUGCUCUGGCCGAAUGUUCUCACCAGGAGCGUCUCCUCCAGCACGCAGACUGCAGACAGCGCCUCUCUAUCGGCAGGGCAGGAAGGAGAGCUCCCUCUUGUGGUGAAGCGCUCAACACAGAACUGCGACGGCACGUUUGACAGCUACUGCAUGAACUCCGGCCAGUGCAUGCUGCUGGUGGACAUCAACGAACACCACUGCAAGUGUGAGAGGGGCUUCUACGGCCCCAGGUGUAGCAACCUGGAGCUCGUCGUUCAGCCAAUGGGAGAAGAGCAGCUAAUAGUCACCAUUUUCUGUGUGGCUCUGCUGAUUAUAGGUCUGGCCGGGACUCUGUACUUCUGCUGCAAAUGGUAUAAGAAAAACAAAUUCCCAGACCAGCAGAAGCAGCAAGGUUACAAAGGAGUCCAGACGGCAUAG